CUGCUAAAUUGUCCUAGCUAGCUGAAAGCUACCUUGCUAGCUAUCGAUCUAGCACCGAGCAGGCAUCCGACGUUAACGCGCGUCCCCGGCGGCUGGACAGAAACGCCCGGCAACGAGCCGCUCGCCCGCCGGUCAUCCCGGACGACCGCGCCGGAGAAGGAGAGCAGGGAUGGUGCAGCCCCAACCUGAUGGGCCCAUGCAGUGGGAGAUGUCAGGGGAAGAGGGCGGCGGGACCCUCAGGGUCCCACCAGAACUGGCAUCUAAUGAAGUGGUCACCAGGUUGCUGGGUGACAACCAGCAGCUUAGAGAGGCCUUGCGGCGGAGCAACGUGGCCUUACGGCAGCGCUGCGAGGAGAUGGAGGGAUGGCAGCAGAGGACUCGAGAUGAAAGGGAGUUUCUGAGCUGUCGUUUCCAGGAGGCCAGGGCCCUGGUGGAGCGGCUGGCUCAGGAGAACCACUCCCUGCAGAGCCUGGUGAACGAGCCGGCCUCUGACCACUGCUGCAGGUCCAGCCAGACCGAAGACCUGCAGGGGCCCCCAGCGAGGAGCAGAGCCCUGGAGGGACCACAGACUCUACAUCCGCGGGAGAAGACCAGGGUGGAGGAGACGGACCGGCACACGCAGACCACGCCCCCCCGCAGCCUGCCUGUGGAAGGUGCCAACGACUUCCUCCAGGUGCUGAAGAGCCACAAAGAAAAGCUGGAGGAAGGGAUGAGAGAGCUGAGGUGGAAGAACGAAGAGAUGGAGAGGGAGAGGGACGAGGCAGAGAAAGAGAGAGAUCGGAUGCUGCGCUGCAUUGACCAGCUACGGGCCAAACUGACACAGACAAGCAGCGCUACCGAGGAGGUUCUUCAGCAUCGCUCUGAGGCGCAGCACUCGUCCGACUGCUCUAGCCUGGCUAAACUCACAGAGCAGCUUCAGGCCACACAGGGCAGGUAUCGUGAGUUGGAGGAGAAGCUCGAUUACCUGCAGAAGAGCUCAGCUCAGCGGGACAAAACCGAAGCUGUGCUCAAACAGAAGGACAAGGACUGUGUCCAGCUGGCCAAGGACUGCGAGGCUCUGAAAGCCCAAGCCACGUCCCUACUGGGGGAGCUGAACGAGAGGCAGAGCUGCCUGGAGAAGAGCGAGCGCGAGCGCAAAGUGUCGGAGGAAAAGCUGUGCAGCAAGACGAAGGCCCUGCAGGUGGCCGAGCAGGAGCUGGAGCAGCAGAGGAAGCAGCAUCACGUGGCCAUGGACAAGCUGCUGCUGCAGACACAGAGCCUGGAGCAGGCCCUGAAGACCGAGAGGCACGUGGUCACGGAGGAGAGGAAAAAGCUGAGCCAGUUGCAACACGCCUACACGUGUCUCUUUAGGGACUAUGAUAAUAAAGUGAAGAGUGAGUUCCAGGGGGAAGACCUGUGCAGCCGGCUGGAGGAGGCGGAGCGGGCGCUGGCCCUGAAGCAGGACCUGAUCGACAAACUGAAGGAGGAGGUGGAGCAGCAGAAAGGCUCCUUGGAGACUGUUCCCGUCCUCACUGCACAGGCUGAGAUCUACAAGGCAGAUUUCCUAGCUGAGCGAGAAGCCCGCGAGAAGCUGAACCAGAAGAAGGAGGAUCUGCAGGAUCAGCUGACUCAGGCCAUCGCUGAGAUCGACAGGCUCAAAGUGGAAGCCACGUCACGUGUACGGAUGGAGCAGAUGAAGCUGAGACACCAGGAAGACUUCCCAACGCGGACGCCACACAUCCCCCCCCCACAAGCCUUCAACACGGUGCCCCCUGCCGCCUCCUUCCGAGUGCCCGGGUUGGCAGCGGGGGGGGCAGCCGGAGCCGAGGAGCUGCCCGAUCUAUGCUGUCCUAAGUGCCACUACCAGGCUCCGGAUAUGGACACGCUGCAAAUACAUGUCAUGGACUGUAUACAGUAAUAUGAGCACCGUUCAUCCAUGAGGCUAUAUAAACCCAUAUACAUACAUCGAUACAGAUAUAUGUGUGUAUAGUAACACAGUAUAUUGACGUUCCUUGUGUCUACUCUUGUCAUCCUGGAAAAAGAUGUUGGUAGUUGCACCUUACGCUCUCUGCCUUGUCACCUGAUAACCUUGUAAUCUAGAAACACACGUUCCUACCAUGCAAAGAAUCACAUGUGUCCGAAUUUAGACAACUAUAUGAAGAGGUGAAUGUCUAGAUAAUCAGCAUGCUAUGUUCCCCUAGAGAGGGAUUCAACAUUUACUGUAGCUUUUCCACUUCUGCACCCGCCCUUUUGUAUUCCUCCCCCCCCCUGCACAUCUGUAUAUGUGUAUGAUCCCUCCUGCCUGCGUCCCUGGAAGGCAUUGUCCGUGUCAAUCACUUUAAUAAUCAAACGUGAAACAAGUGAGAAGGAGAAACACACGAUAACGUGAAGAACCUAGUGAGCGUAAAUAGUAUUGAAUGUUCAAACAUGUUUUGGUCAUACAUGUUGCAGUCUACAUUGCCUACAAACAUAUUCUAAAGUGUUAAAGAUGGAUUUUGUCUCCGUAUUCUCUGUGUAGACCUCUGCUUUAUUUCUGAUGCCAGACCGACCUUCAACCCCACGUGGCUCAUUCUGUGGCCCUCAUCCUGCAUCAUCUAGAUCUGUGCACGAGGAGGCACACUGAGGGUCUUUCACUUAGUGUGAAUAGUCUGCAGUUACAGAUCCUUUGGUUCAAAUCAUCUUGUUUUGAAACUGUCGAAGAUUUACAAAAUAAAAUAAAAAGAAAUCA